UAGUAAUUGAAAUGAGUUAAAAAAAAUAAGAAAUAUCAACUUGGAUAUUGGCUCAUACUUAAUUGGCAUAAGCUUUAGAAGAAGCUUGGUAGGAGUUUUGCAAGUAAAAGAGUUAAGAAGAUGAUUGUAAUGAUGAAUAAGAGAUUAAGAGACAAUAAUAUGAGAAAGAGAAAAAUAUUGGAUAAAUUGUUUAGGAGGUUUGGGAAGCCAAUUUAGAAAAGUUAAAAUAAAACUAAAAGUAAAAUAAAUCUUCGAGGAAUAAUCUUUUUGAUGCUGAAUGUACAAGCUACAACAUUCAUUAAGAAAAGAAUUUGGGACUUAAAGAUAUAACAAGAUGGAGAUUAUCAUUAAGAGAUUGUAAAUUAGAAUAAAAUAAAAUUGGAAAUGGAGUGGUUGAAAUUUAAGCAUUAGAAUUCAAUGAAAAGGAUCAAAAAAAAAAAAAGAAUAAAAAAUGA